CGUGAUUACUCAAAAUUGAGUAACCACCCUAACCUAUCCCGUAAACCGGCAUUAAAACCUCUGUCUGCCUGUCCCCGUCGUCGGCUCCUCCGUCGAGCUUCUGGGGUUUAACAGGCAACUCUGCUUCCCUUCUUUGUAUUCGCGACAGAAAGAGAGAGAGAGAGAGAGAGAGAGAGAGAUGGGAAGGAGGAUACUGAACGAUGCGCUGAGGGCCAUCGUGAAUGCGGAAAAGAGAGGGAAGGCCUCGGUGGAGCUCAAGCCGAUUUCCACUGUCAUGUCGUCUUUCCUCAAUAUCAUGAAAGAUCGAGGAUACAUUAAAAAUUAUCAAGUAUUUGAUCCACAUAGAGUGGGGAGGAUAUCGGUUGAACUACAAGGGAGGGUAAGAGACUGCAAGGCUCUUACUUACAGACAAGAUAUCAAGGCGAAGGACAUAGAAACAUACACAAAGCAAACUCUUCCAACACGUCAGUGGGGUUAUGUAGUGAUCACUACUCCGGAUGGCGUACUGGAUCACGAGGAGGCAAUUAAGCGGAAUGUCGGGGGUCAGGUUCUUGGUUACUUUCAUUAGAACCCCAGUCUAGAUUCUCUGUAAUACUACUAGAUAUUACUGCACAAGAAGAGAAACCGUUUCCUGUACCCUAUUGAAUUGCAUGCUUUCUGUUGAAAAGGACUGGAUUGUUAAAGUUGCACUUUAGUUCGCUCGUAUCACUGGAAUACUGAAACUGCUCCACAAUCACUCCUUUAAUUUCAGAUCGGUUAUAUGCUUAGUACAAGAGUUGGAUCUAUCCGUCUAUUGUUUGCUCUAUGUUUGGCAUACAGAAAUUAUGUCAGGACUUG